AUGUCCCCAAUCUUGCCCGGAAGUCACCUGGGGGCCCCUUUUGGGUCAGAACAUUUUGGAGAUGGAGGCAAGCCUGCUGCUGCCGUGCUCGCACCUGCACCUGUGGUCGUCACUGCUGCUCCACUCCCACCAUCUGCUGCUGCUGCAGUCACGCCGUCUGCUGUGGUUGCGCCUGUGGUGGUGCCUGAGGUAGCGCCUGUGGCUCCAGUGGCUUCAACCACACCUCAGGUGCCUGAAGCGAGUGUGACCACAGAAACAAUAUCCGUGGAUGCGAGUGCACGUGCUGCUGAUUCGAGCGAGAAAGCGAGGUGGUCGAAGCUGCGUCAGGAGGUUCGAGCUAUGGAUAUUGCAAUGACACGUGCUGCUUACCUGAGGUGGGACAAGCUGAGCAAGGAGACAUCAUGGGCCAUGGAGAUUGAAGCGGCCAUUGAUGCCGCCCUGCGUAUCUGCUUCGUGCCCAAGCAUCCCGAAGCUGUGGCGAAUGUGACUCCCAAAACCGUGCCUCCUCCAUCUGCAGCAGCAACGACUGGAGGGGGUGAAGCAGCAGGCGGGGAGGAGAGAGGGCUUGGUGCAUGA